CGUCAUGGACCCUAAAGUUACCGAAGGCGGGCUGAAUGUUACUCUUGCCAUCCGACUGCUGAUGCAUGGGAAGGAAGUUGGAAGCAUCAUUGGAGAGAAAGGUGAAACUGUGAAGAAAAUGCGCGAGGAGAGUGGUGCACGCAUUAAUAUCUCUGAAGGAAAUUGUCCCGAGAGAAUUGUAACCAUCACAGGUCCAACUGAUGCGAUAUUCAAGGCAUUUGCAAUAAUCGCUUUUAAAUUUGAGGAGGACAUCGAUAACUCAAUGUCGAAUAGUACAGCCACCAGUAAACCACCUAUAACCCUGCGGCUUGUGGUUCCAGCCAGUCAGUGCAGAUCACUGAUUGGCAAAGGGGGUUCCAAGAUUAAAGAAAUUUGUGAGUCAACAGGGGCUCAAGUCCAGGUGGCAGGGGAUAUGCUGCCCAAUUCCACUGUGCGUGCUGUGACAAUCAGUGUGUAAAUGCAAAUAUGUGUGGUGAUGCUGGAGUUCCCACCGAAAGGUGCCACCAUCCCCUACCGCCCAAAGUUUUUUUUCGGCAGUAGAUUCGCCAACUUUAAGUACAUUUAA